AUGAAACACCAAGACGAUGUAUUCGCUCUUGACAGCGACUCAGAUGAUGUUUACGAAGAAGUCAAACCACUUGUUAACGCAUACCCUACCUCGUCACGGGGCUGUAAGCCUCCGAGGAAGACCUUUGCGAUAGCGCUUCUUGUGUUUUUACUUCUGAGCUUCAUGAUAUCAUUCUCCUUGACCAAAAAAAUAGCAUCUGCUUACAUAAUUCCAAACAGCGAUGACAUAGAAAUAUCGCAUUACUGGGGCCAGUACUCGCCUUUCUUCUCACUCAGCGAUCAAUCAGAAAUCAACCCUGCAGUACCAUCAAAAUGCAACAUCACAUUCGUACAAGUUCUAUCUAGACAUGGCGCAAGAUACCCAACUGCUCACAAGAGUGCAAAGUAUGCCAGUCUUGUGAACAAGAUCCAACAGACAGCUACGGAGUACAAAACUCAUGUUUAUGCUCUGCUCAAAGAGUAUCGCUAUGAACUUGGAGCCGAUAAUUUGACGUCUUUUGGGGAGCAGGAGAUGUUUGAUAUGGGCACUACGUUCUAUGAUCGAUAUGGACAGUUGGCCAGGAAUACUGUUCCGUUUGUACGGGCAUCUGGCUCGGACCGCGUGAUUGCUUCGGGGGAGUUAUUCAGUAAGGGAUUUAACAAAGCGAAAACGUCCGACCAAGACUCGGACAAAUCACAACGGAAUAGUUCAGUCAAUCUGGUGAUUCCAGAAGGCCAUGUAUGGAACAAUACUCUUGACACUGGGACCUGCGAAACAUUCUCCAACGGCAGCCCAGUCCAGAAAAUUCGACAAGAAUUCCUCCACGUCUUCGGACCAUCGAUACUACAGCGGCUAGUCUCCAACAUGCCCAGCGUCAGUCUAGAACUCGACGACAUCCCUCUCCUCAUGGAUCUCUGCCCCUUUGAAACCGUCAACAGUCCAAACGGGACAUCCUCACCAUUAUGCAACCUCUUCAGUCCCCCCGAAUGGAAAUCGUACGAUUACUACAACACUCUAGAAAAAUACUACGCCUUCGGCGCCGGAAAUUCCCUGGGAUCAACCCGUGGAGUCGGCUACGUCAACGAGCUAAUUUCUCGAAUGACCAAAUCCUUGCCUGUCAACGACCAUACAAGCGUCAACCACACCCUCGACUCUGAUCCAGCCACAUUCCCGCUUGAUACUGCCCUGUACGCUGAUUUCAGCCAUGAUAAUGCAAUGAUGUCAAUCUUUGAUGCGUUUGGGUUGUAUAAUUCGACAAACCCGCUUUCAGCGAAGCGUGUGCAGUCUACAAACGAGACGCAGGGUUUUGCGGCGUCGUGGAUAGUCCCUUUUGCGGCGAGGGCGUAUUUUGAGGUCAUGCGUUGUUCGGUUGAUGACCAUGAGGGAAAGGAAGAGGAUCUUGUGAGGGUUCUGAUCAAUGAUCGAGUUGUGCCGCUUCAUGGGUGCGAUGUUGAUGCUUUUGGGAGGUGUGCAUUGGAGGAUUGGAUUGAUGGGCUUGAUUUUGCAAGGAAUGGGGGUCGAUGGGAGGAUUACUGUCCGAGACCAAGCGAUUGA